AAUAAGUAUUGCAUUUUCAUUAAAUCUGUGAUUAAAUUUAACAAAUAAUUAUUAAAAUUAUAAUAAGUUCUCUCUGUUUUUGUCUUUAUAAAGUACGCAUUAGGUAUUUAUAUGUUCCUGAUAACGUGAGUACAGCAUACAACCGAUAAGUUCGUGGUAGCUUGUACGUGAAAAUUGAUUUUUGACUUUGUUUUCUAAUAAUUUACGUAUUUUGAGGCAAUUUCAUGUCGUUACUUGAAGACGUAUUCCUCCAAGAUGAGGCUAACGAAGCUCAGGAAUUAGAAAGAGUUAUAGAAGGUGGUGAUUAUGAAGAAAGACUUUCUUUGGGUAGUGAUGACAACAGUGAAAAGGAAGAUGAAGCAGAGGAAGAUAAAAGGCGUGUAGAUCCUACGUCCAACAAAACUAAGCGGGUUGUAAAGAACCCUCGUUUUAUAUUAAAUCCAGCACGUCUCACUGGGCCCAGGGGAAUACAAGUGAUUCCAGAACAUUUCAAAGAUUUUAAGUUUAAAGGCAAAGGUCAUGAAAAAGAGGACUUAGAUUUGGUAUUGAAAAAACUAGAACAUUGGGCUUACAGAUUGUAUCCAAAAUUUAAAUUUGAAGACUGCUUAAAGAAGAUAGAAGUGUUGGGGAAGAAAAGGCCUGUUAUGGUGCACCUCCAAAAAAUAAGAUCGGAUCAGUUCAUAUCAGAAGAGACAGUAGUGCAAAAAGAUUCAAGUGAUGACGAAGCCCCACCACAAGAGGAGGAUGAAUUUGACAAAUUGCUCCAGCAACAGAUAGAUAUAGCGAGGGCUACACCUGCACCUAAUUCUGUGAAGAAGAACAUGGAUAAUAGUAGGAUUGAGGAGAGAUCUUUGUCAAUGCCAAAAGCGACUUCUUCUCCAUCCAUUAGCGAGGAACAAAGAGAAAGAAUGCUCAGAAACAGAAGAUUAGCAGAAGAGAGACGACUUGCUAAAUUAAAAACUAAUAAUUCCGAUACUGUUAAUAUUGAAGGUGUUGAGGAAUUAAAAGCGAAAAAACACACAAAAUCUAAUGUUAUAGACAGUUCUGAUGAAGAAAGUGAGAAUAUAUCAGUUUCAGUUAAUGUUCAUCAAGAAUAUAAUAGUAAGGUUGAUAGGAAUGAAAUAAAUACCAACAUGGAUACAUUUGACAGUCUUCAUAAUAAAAGUGAAGAAGAAAUUACGAAUGUAGAUAAAAUUGGCUCAGAAAAUAUUGAAAUUGACACUCUUAAUAAUAAAAGCGACAGAGAAAUUACCAAUACAGAUAAAAUUGUCUCAGAUAAUAUUGAAAUUGACAGUCUUCAUAAUAAAAGUGAUGGUGAAAGUACUAAUGCAGAUAAAAUUGCCUCAAGAAACAGUGAACAAGAUGAUAAUAAUACUAAAACAGAUAAAUGCAAAGAAGGUGCUGCAGAAAAAUCAAUUGAAAAUGAUAAUAUGGAACCCACAGUUACAGACAAUGAAUCUAAUACUGAAAAUGUGACAGAUAGACACGAUGUAGUUCUAGAAAACAGUAUUAUUCAAAGCACUAUUCAAGGAUUGGUGGAAAAUGAUAAUAAUUUAAAUCUUGAAAGGGAUCUGAUUAAUCAAGAUUUUGUUGAAGACGAAAUAACAAGGGUCGCAGAUAAUGUAAAUACAGAUAAUCAAAUACAAAAUGAUAAGGAAUGCGAGAAUCUAAUGGAUGUUGAUUUCAGUGAGGAGUUUUGAUGAUAAAUAUAUUAUUUUGAAUGUG